AGCGCUGCGCGGGCAGCCCCCAUGCCGUAGGCAUGGCCGCCGGCGAGAAGAAGAAGAAGCCAGCCGCAGCGCCCAAGAAGCCCCCGCCGCCCAAGUCCGACGCCUACCUCCAGUUGUCCCCGUGGCUGCCAGCCACCGUGUGCUUAAGGAGCGCCCAGCACCAGUGGGCUGUGUGUAGGGACGAGGUCGAGCGCAAAGCUAGAGAGGAGAAUCAAAAAGUAGUCAAGGAAAGACGAGAAAAGGCGUGUGAAUAUGCGCAUACUCUCUUACAGUACGGCGCCGACCUGUGGCGCGACGACGUCGAACAGAAUGAGUCACUCCAAGCCGUCCCGCAGACCUAUAUCUGGCUCACGCCGGAAUGCGCCGCAGCUUUGAGAAGGACAGCAAGGCAGGGGACUCAUGCAAAAGACCUCGAUAUUUUCGUAGAUGAGAUAUUGACAGACAUGCCUGCUACCUACGAAUUCAUGGCCAAGAAGAUGGCGAGUGCCCGAGAGUUGUUACCGAGACUCCAAUCCUUAGGACGAGGUUUUAUUUGUAGAAGGAAAAUUAGGAGGUGGCUGUUAACAAAAUUUGAACAAAGAGCCAAGGGAAACAACAAGUACUACAUCGACCUAGACGUCGAGAAGGAGCAGAAAGCGCAUAGUCCAGUAGGCAAGAAGAAGAAGGCCUCGUUCACGUCGAAGAGAAAUCCGCACCCCUUAACCUGGAAGCGACCACCACUCAUGUUGAAAAGGGAGCCAAAUCUGGGCACGAUGGAGAACAUGAAACGACGCUUACAGAACGAGGAAGAGAAAGCUAAGCGUCGGCUACAGAAAGAUACAUUGCAUAGGAAGGCCAACGAGGCGAAACGGAAACUGCGAGAUGAGCGGUCCGAGGCGCUGUAUGAGCUCGGUAAACUGCGGGACGCCCUGGAGAACGCGCAUCGGUACCUAGGGAGGAAACUAUCACAACCUAGAUAUAGAAAGGAGCCUCCUCCACAGAAGUCUGAGGACGAGCCGUAUGUCACCGAGGAGAUGCGUUUACGUAAACAAAAAGAACACCAGAUCAUCUUCAACAGAUACGAUGUCGAUCGAGGAGGUACCGUGGACGCGGGCGAGCUGGAUGUCAUCUUCCGGGACAUGAAGCGCGUGUUACCGCAGGAGCAGAUCAACGACCUGAUUUUUGAAUAUGCGGUCCGUGGCGCGGCGCAGAAUCCUGGUGGGGGCGCGUCGAUGGCAUCGACGCUCAACGCCGUCGAUGUGGCCGUGAGAGAGUCCACGCGUCUCGCGCGGGAGCCGCGGCCGUGUCGCGACGGAGUCCAUUCCACACAGGUCAAGGACGAGGAGCGCGACGAGGUCUACUUCGACGAGUUCUGUAACAUGUUGGAUGCGCUGGAAGAGAGGGAGAAGGCGCAGAAGAAGGAGCGGGAGGCCCAGGCGAUCAGAGAAGCUUUGAAGCACCACGCGUGCUGUAGCUUACUACCGUGCGCGACGCUCGACGACAGCGCCCAGAGCGAUGCGUUGAGACUGCUCGACGACGCGUUGUUAGCGCGGUUAGAGGAGCCCUCGUCGUCGGAAAGCGAAGACGACGAGGGCAUCAAAUGGGACGCCCCUGUCUCGACUUGCUUCCUCGAGAAGACCACAGAUGACAAGGCCAAGGAGAAACUAGCAAGGCAGAAGCGCAAGGAAGCGCGGGAGAAGCUCAAGGAGCAGAAGGAAAUGAACCGCGGUGGUCGGGACACGCUCCAACAACGGAAAGCGAAAAAUGAUCAAUUACAAUUAUUCAGGGAGUCUCAAUUCAAAGCAUUAUCUUAUUAUAAAGCUGAAGAUGUGUUGCGAUUGAUCCUUAAGUCGGAAACGGUGAAGCACGCCCUCGAGGACGGUCUGCGCAUCUACCAGCAAGAGACUGCGUGGCCUCUUAGGGAGUGCUUCCCCCUGCCUUUCCUCGUUGAAAAAAGAGUCGACUGCCUUGACCUUGCCCAGAGAUACGUCGCUACUAUUGAUAGUGAAGGUACGUUAUGCGCGGUGUCGCAGUACGACUCAAGUGUACAGCACGGUCCGGAAUGGCUCGCUAGAAUGGAAACCACGGUCAAUGACUUGACGGAAGUGUUCGAAAAGACCAAGGGUGCCUGGUUGGCUAUUUUUCAGAAUUUCGACCGAAGAAGAGCUGUGGAACGCGCACGACUCGACAAGCCGGACGAGGGUGUGGGCGAGGCUAUCAUACGAAUUGCGGAACCGAAUGAAACAUCAAAGAAGAAGGCAACGAGGCAUCGGGACGCCUUCAUCAAGUACAACGAGGGCGGUCGAGUGGAUGUCGAUGGCCUGGAGCAGGUCUUUGUGGACAUGAAGCUUACUGUGCCUGACAGUGAAGACUUGUCUGAUACCAUCGAGCACUACUCGAAGGGUGGUGAGGGUGUGAACCACGAACAGUUUUCGGAGUUACUCGACUUACUGGAAUCAGAUGAGGGCUACAAACUGAGAAAAGUAUAUGACAAGUACUUGAUGAGGUUAUGGAGUGUCAAGGGCGGGGACCGGCGCACGACGCUGAACGGCGAAGCCUUAGGGUUACUUUUUGGGGAUCUGCGGGUGGAGCACUACUUUACGUCGGAGAAAAUUGAGGCUUUGCUCGUCGAGGGCGAGUUGUCGUUCGAGCAAUUUCAGGCAACGGUGGAGUCGCUGAAGGGCUUGCGGGUCAAAAGAGCAGUGGUACGGUGUUCUUUACGGUCAUUUACGAAGGAGGAUACAGUACCUUACGUAAAACUUUUUGGCACCGACGCAUUGUUUGAUAGUGGUAAAGUACGAGAGCCGAUGCACAUGCGAGCCCAAUACGCCUUCCAGAAACUUGCGGGCGAUCGCGACUCCUUGAACGUCAAGGAGCUGUGCGUGGCCUUUGAUCAAUUAGGCUUUGAUCUGUCUAUGAUCGACGUCGAGCGAUUAUGCGACGGCAGCGAAACUAAAUAUGAGGACUUUCUGGGGAUGCUGGAAUCCUUACCCGCGGUACAUGAGGUGCCGUCGGUCCAUCGACGCGUCCGGGGUUUCGUGGACGAGGUCUGCUCGCAAUUGGGCGAGAUCUGUGACGAGCGCGACCGGUUUCUACCACCGGCACCGGAUGUCCUAGUGGUAGACUUCUUCCUGGAUACAAUUGAUGCGCAAAUCGACCGGGAGCAGCGGUUGAGAGAGGCUGGUUUAAAUCCUAUGAUGCCACCCGUACCGAAGCCGACACCAUACGUUUGUAGCGUGGUCCCGCUCUCGUUCAAACAUGGGAAGGAAAAAGUACCAAAACCCCAUCUCGGACUCUUCGAACACGCGAAGAAAGACGACCGGAAACAACUAGCUGGGAUCCGCGUCCCUCCCAGAAAGUCAUCACGGUCGCGGCCGUCCUCCCGCCAGAACGACGACGGCCCGCAGAAGGACGACCCGUCGGAGUACGGCUGGAAGGAGGCCGACCCUUCUGGUGUGGUGCGGUACCGCAGGAAGCUUGGGGAAGGAAGGGUGUUUGAAUUUAGGGCUCGGGAAGGGUUGCGGACGGGCAAGGCGCUGACGGAGGCCAUGGACCCGGGCGCCUGGGACGGGCGCUUCAUGUAAGUAUGUUUUUUGCUA